AUGGGGUCACAUUCAUCCAAGGACGAUAGCCAUAAGACUACUUCUUUAACUAGAUCAUUAAGUGAUGGAGGUAUAUUAGCAAGGUUUAAAUAUAAAAGAAAUAAAAAUAAAUAUAACAACAACAACAAUAAAUCAAACUCUAUAGAUAUUAGACAAAAGAGUAAAUCAUUACAACUCAGCAAUUCUACAAAUAAUCACAAUGCCAACAAUAAACCACUAGUGUCAUCAACUACAUCCUCUUCCUCACAACAACCACAAAGUAACUCCAAAACAACAACUUUACCUACUAUCAAAUUAACUUCACCUUACCAAUUGCCUGAUAUUGAAUCUAUCAAAUCAAGUAGAAGUAGGGAUCUCAAUGAGCCAAGAAGAUCUUUGCAGAAUUCAAUAGCUGGUAUCAAACAACUAAGUCAUCACAGUCACAAUAACAAUAACAAUAAUAAUAACAAUCAUAGUCAUAACCAUAUAUCUCUUUCCCAUAGUCACUCACUUAGCACCUCUUCAAAUACUCAUCUACGUGGCUUCUUCAAUAUCCCUGUACCAAUCGAUAAUAACAACAAUUCAAACAAUAAUAAUAGUAAUAAUAACAACAAUAUUAAUUAUGAUGACGAUGACGAUGAUGAUCAUGACAAGAUACCAGUUACUGAAAAUAUAGAUAGCAACACAAUAAUCACAAAUAAUACUACUUCAACAAAUAAUAUCCACCCGAAUAAAUCACCAAAUAAUCUGACCAAUACACCAAUCAAUAACUCAGACACAGAAGAUACAAAUAAUUCCACCUCUAUCAUUGGUACCAUUCUCUCCUUUGCUCAUACUGCUAUGGGUCAUCACACAAAUAAUAAAAUUAACAACUCAACAAAUUCUAUUGUACCGUCCAUCUCAACUUUAAAUCAGUCGAUUAAUAGUAAUCAUGUCCAUGAAGAUAUUGAUUCUAUUCAAAGAGAUUCAAUUAAUAAUAACGGUUAUGUUCACGAUACCUCCACAAUCAACAACGUUAACAACUCUGUAAUUCAUACCCAUAAAUCAAUUUUAAAUAAUAUUUCAAAUCCAAAAUUAGCCAACCAAGCAGAUACCAUCAAUACCGACAGAACAAAAAUUUCAACUACUGCCACAGCCAAUAACACUACAAAAUCAUUACCAAAUAGAAGUACUUCAUUUUUACGUCAUUUAGACUCUUUGUUAUCUCCAGGCAAUCCAUUAUUAACAACUAAUACAAGCGCAUCUUCCUUAUCAACUAGAGAUAUAAUUAAUAACAAUAACAAUAACAGUAACAGUAACAAGGCUCAUAACACUACCAAUAAAAAUAACGACAACAGCAAUAAUAGUGAUGCUACUUCUGUUACCAAUGAACAAAGCGAAUUAACAAGUUUAACAAAAGUUAAAUUCGAACCAGUCAAUUCUUUGAAUAAUAUCUCUCCAGACCCACCCACAAUCACCACUUUAGGUCAUGGGAAUUUAACAUUAGAUUUAUUUGAAGAUAAUUCGUCAAAUACAAAAUUUAAUAAUUCAGUACAUCCUAUAUUAGGAGAUAGUCUAAUGAUGGAAAAUAAUCAUAUUAAUACUAAUAACAAUAAUAAUAUCAACAUAGUUAAUAAUAUCAAUGGGCAAGGAACAAAUAGUAACAAUGAGGAAAAUAGUUCCUUGACUUUCAAGAAUGACACAACAAAUCCUUCAAAUAAACAAUUUUCAGCUGCUAACAGAAACAGUAGUUAUGUUGAAGUAUCUAAACAUAACCCAUUGUCAGAAUACAAUAGAAAAAGAUCAAAGACCCUUCCUGCAAAAGAUGUACCUAACGUUGAACAUAUUAAAAGAAAUUCAAGGUAUUCUACUUUAUCUAACGACGAACAUUUAGAUAUCAACAGCAAUAACCUUACACCAUCAAGUAAUAUACCUUCUGAAAGAAAAUCAAGGAGUAUGUCAAGAAAUUUCUUGGGCAGAAGAUCAUUUUCUCCGAAUAUCGCAAAGGUUAUACCAAAUAUAAACUUAAGGCCAUCUAUGAAUAGAGCAAGAAAUAGCACUGAAGUUACAGAGACCAGAAAUCUUUCUGCUAGUUUCGAUAACAUGAUAGACCCUGUUGUCAAUUUUGAUUAUAGUAAACCAGCAGAAUUGGUCGGUAUCGAAUACAGUUCAGAAAAGAAGAAUGCAGAGUUCCAUCAUCUAUUCAAGGAUUCAGGUAUAUCACCAGAUGAAAAAUUGAUUGUUGAUCACAGUUGUGCACUUUCUAGAGACAUUUUGUUACAAGGUAGAAUAUAUAUCUCAAAUCAACAUCUUUGUUUCUAUUCUAAUAUUUUAGGUUGGGUCAGUUCAGUAAUAAUCCCAUUCAAGGAAAUAGUUCAAAUUGAAAAGAAAACUACAGCAGGUAUCUUUCCUAACGGGAUUGUUAUUGAUACCUUGCAUUCUAAAUAUAUAUUUGCGUCUUUUAUCUCUAGGGAUUCAACUUUUGAUUUGAUUACUGAUGUUUGGAAUCAAAUCAUUUUAGGCAGAAGAUACAUUAAAAUGGCCGAGAGUGACGAAAAUUUGAGUAAUGUACACAGUGACAUAAGUUUAAGUAAUUCAAGCGGCAACUCAUCAUUUGGUGAUGUGAUGGAGGAGGAUAAUGACAUGGGUGACUACGAAGAUGAUGAUAUCAAUGAUACAGACAUGACUUCUAGUGAUGAGUUAGAUGAUGAAUCACUAUUAGCGGUAUCUAAAAGAAAUAAGAGCAAUACUCUAGUCACAAAUGCAACAAAUAAUUUCCCUGGACCCGCUACUCAUGCAGUUACUAAAGCUGAUUACAAACCUGUCUCCAAUGAAAGAUUAGUUAGUGAAGUAGUGAUCAAUGCUCCUUUGGGUCAAGUAGCACAAAUCUUGUAUGGUGAUGACACCAGUAGACUAGCAGCUAUAUUAAAGACUCAAGCUAAUUUUGAUCUCUCUCCAAUUCCACCUUUAUUGAAAAAUAAAUCUCGUGAAUAUUUUUACUAUAAACCGUUGCAUUUUGGAUUUGGCCCAAACAAAACAAAAUGUUUAAUUGUGGAUAAAAUCAUUAAAUAUGAUCUUGAAGAUUAUGUUCAAGUGAUCCAGGAAUCUAAGACACCAGAUGUCCCAUCUGGAAAUUCUUUUACAAUUAAAACAAAUACAAUUUUAACUUGGGAUACUAAUAAUACAACUAAGGUUACUACCUACUUCUUGGCUGAAUGGUCUUCAAAGAGUUGGUUGAAAAGUGCCAUUGAAAAGGGUGCAUAUGAUGGUGUUUGUAACACUACAAAGAUUCAAAAUAAUGAAAUUUCUAAAUAUGUUAAAGAGGAUAUGACAAAAUCUUCAACCAAAAGAGCAUUAUCCCAGUCUAAAAAAAGUAAAGAAUCUAUAGAUGAAAAUGAGGAAUCUGAUAAUAAGUUAGGCGCAUUACCAACGUUAGGACCUCUUACACAUGAACCAACUGAACCUGAAUAUUUGAAAAGUAAAAAUGAUGUGAUCAUCAGUGACGAUAUAAUCUUUAAUGCCCCUCUAGGUACUAUUUUUCAAUUAUUGUACGGUGACAACACCUCCUAUUUAAAACAAAUUUUAGAGAAACAAAACGCUUGCGAUAUCUCUGAUAUUCCUUCAUUUACCAAUAAAGAAAGAGAAUACAAAUAUAUUAAAAAACUAAAUAAUGCCAUGGGUCCUAAACAAACUAAAUGUACAAUUACAGAAAAAAUUGAGCAUAUGGAUAUCAACCAUUACAUUUGUGUCAGGCAAAUAGUUGUUUCUCAUGAUGUUCCUUCAGGUAAUGCAUUCAAUGUACAGACUCGAUUUUUCUUUUAUUGGGGUCCUAACAAUACAACUAAAAUGCUGGUAGUUCUAAAUGUUGUAUGGACGGGAAAAUCCUUUAUUAAAAGUGCAAUCGAAAAAGGUUCUAUAGAAGGUCAAAAAUCUAGUACAACUAUCAUUAAAGAACAGUUGAAUUCUAUCAUAUCAAAUCUUUCUGAAAAGAAAACUAAAAAGAGAUCAAAGACUAUCAGAAGUAGAAGUGCUACAACAGUAGAAAAAGGCGAAGAGAACGCCAAUCUUGGAGCGAUAACAAAUUCUACUCAAGAAGAGUUUUCGACAGGAAUCGUUAAUUAUCUUUUCUCUUUAUGGAAGAGUUUCGAUAUUUUUUCUAUUAAAGGGAUUAUUAGUUUGUUAUUUGGAAUCUUUGUAUUUAUCAUGUUGUUUAGAUCAAUGUUCUGCUCUAACACUGUACAACAUGACUUAAGAUUAGUUGGUAAAGGAAGAAUACUAAUCGAUGGCUAUGAAUAUACCUAUACUCCGAAUUUCAAAACACUGUAUCAAGUUUACGAAGAUGAAAUCAGGAAUACUGCUGGAUCGAAUAUGAAAAGCUCAGAUAAGAGUACUAGCAAUAUAAUAGUUUCUUCCCAAAAAAGUAUAUCUAAGUGGUUAGAAGAAAGAGGUUAUGGCCCAGAAAAGACACAGUUAUCAAGCAAAUUAGAAGAAAUAGAUGAUAAUCACGACAAUGAUCAUACUAAUACCAAAAAUAAAAAAGAUUACGAGAUAAAAAAAUUACUAGAAUCCAUUAAAAUCACUGAACUACAAUUAAAUGAAAUGAAAGAUACACUAGCCAGCCUCCAGUCAUGA